UCACGUGACCACGCCAGUUACCCACGUGGGGGCGCAGCGUGCUCCCUUCUUUGUGCUCGGGAGAGAAGGAUCCCGGCGGCAACUUUGGCAGGCAAGGCGGUGGAAACACUGCUCCGCAGGGCGACGUGGUGCAGGAGGGCGUGCGUUUCAGGGAUGCCGAAGCGUGGGAAAAAGGGAGCGGUGGCUGAAGACGGGGAAGAGCCCAAGAUUGAACCAGAGGCCAAGAAGCGUAAGGCGGGAGCAGGAGCAAAGAAAAAUGAAAAAGAGGCAGCAGGAGAGGGGUCAGUCCUAUAUGAGGACCCCCCAGAUAAGAAAACCUCGCCCAGUGGCAAAUCAGCCACCCUCAAGAUCUGCUCCUGGAAUGUGGAUGGGCUUCGAGCCUGGAUUAAGAAGAAAGGAUUAGAUUGGGUAAAGGAAGAAGCCCCAGAUAUCCUGUGCUUGCAAGAGACCAAAUGUUCAGAGAAUAAACUACCAGCUGAACUUCAAGAGCUGCCUGGACUAUCCCAUCAGUACUGGUCUGCUCCUUCAGACAAGGAAGGGUACAGUGGUGUGGGCCUGCUCUCUCGCCAGUGCCCACUCAAGGUCUCAUAUGGCAUUGGUGAGGAGGAACAUGAUCAGGAAGGCCGAGUGAUUGUGGCUGAGUAUGACGCAUUUGUGCUGGUAACAGCCUAUGUACCGAACGCAGGCCGAGGCCUGGUGCGCCUGGAGUACCGGCAGCGCUGGGAUGAAGCCUUUCGCAAGUUCCUGAAGGACUUGGCUUCCCGCAAGCCCCUUGUGCUGUGUGGGGACCUCAAUGUGGCUCAUGAAGAGAUUGACCUUCGCAACCCCAAGGGAAACAAGAAGAAUGCUGGCUUCACCCCGCAAGAGCGGCAAGGCUUUGGGGAAUUGCUGCAGGCUGUGCCGCUGGCUGACAGUUUCCGGCACCUCUACCCCAACACCGCCUACGCCUAUACCUUUUGGACCUACAUGAUGAAUGCUCGAUCUAAAAACGUUGGUUGGCGCCUUGAUUACUUUCUGGUGUCUCAUUCUCUGUUACCUGCAUUGUGUGACAGCAAGAUCCGUUCCAAGGCUUUGGGCAGUGACCACUGUCCCAUCACCCUAUACCUAGCACUGUGAUACCUCCCCCACAUCAUUUUAAGCCUAGGAAAUAAGCCCCUCAAUUAGCUUUAAAACUUCUUUGCUUUCAAGAGAAUUCUGCACUGUAUUUCCCUUCAGCCAGGCUCCUAGUGACAGAUGGGCUUCCUUUAAGCCCAAGGCUUUGUGUUUUUGGUGUGGAGGGGUUUUUGUUCCUUUUUUAUUUUACAUUAAACAAGCUACUGAUGACUUCCUUUGAACUGUCCAUGUGAAAAUAAAGAGCCAUAGUUUCA